AUGGACAGAAGCGCUGUGGUCAGACAGAUCGAGUCCUCCAAGACGCUCCGAGCAGCCACCGAGGUCCACUCGCGAAUCCGUGCCAAGAUCAAUCCAUCCGACGUCUUCGUGCUCAACAAGCUCAUCGAGAUGUAUGGGAAGUGUGGCAGCCCGAGGCACGCACAGCAGGUUUUCGAUGGGAUCCGGGCGAAAGAUAGCUACACUUGGGUGAUGAUCAUCUCGGCCUACGCGCAGAACCGGCAGCUCCUCGAGGCCAAGCGUCUCUUCGACGAGCUCCCGGAGGAGUGUCCAGUGGCUUCCAACGUCAUGCUGUCGGCCUAUGCCCGGGCCGGGUAUCUGGAAGCCGCGAAGCUCCUUUUCGAUCAAAUGCCCGAGAGGACACCGGUCUCGUGGAGCGCGAUGCUAUCCGCCUAUGCCCAAAAUGGGCAUCUCAAAGAAGCCGAGGAGAUAUUUUCUUUUAUGCCAGAGAGAACGAUCGCGUGUUAUAAUGCGAUGCUAGCAGCGUAUGCCCAAAGUGGGCUCUUGGAAGACGCAAAACUUACCUUCGAUGCCACUCCAGAGAAGAACCUCGUGUCGUGGAAUGCUAUCCUAACCGCAUAUGCCCAAAGUGGGCAUUUGCAAGUUGCCGAGUUUCUCUUCGAGCAGAUGCCGGCGAGAGAUCUUGUGACGUGGACAACACUGCUAACGGGGCACACACACAGAUCCCACUUGGAUUCCGCCAUGGCGCUGUACGGCGGCAUGCCCGAAUGGGAUCCGUUCUGCUCGACCGCAAUGCUAACUGCAUAUGCCCAGAAUGGGCAUCUGGAUGGGGCAAAGCGGAUUUACGUCCAAAUUCCGGAGCAGGACCUAGUGCUCUCUACCGCAAUGCUCACUGCGUAUGCAAGCAACGGAAAAUUGGCUUUGGCAAGGCAAACCUUCGAUCAAAUGGACCAGCGCAACGUAGUCACCUGGAACGCCCUGUUAUCAGCAUAUGCCCAGCUUGGGCAUCUGGAUGAGGCGUCAAGGCUCUACGAGAAUAUGCCCGAGCAUAAUCUCAUAUCGACAACGGCUGUGCUCGUGGCUCACGCGGAGGCCGGCCACGUGGAAGAAGCGAAGCGAAUCUUCGACGAGAUGCCCCAGCAAAACGUUAAUUUGGUGACGUGGACGGCCAUGGUUGGCGCCUACGUUGGCGGAGGGGCCCUAGACGAGGCCAAGGCGCUCUUCGACGCGAUGCCCGAGAGGAAUCUCGUGUCGUGCACGACAAUGCUGGCGGCGAUGGCGCAGCGCGGCGAUGUGCACGCCGCGAGGGCGCUGCUGGAUGGGAUGUGGAACCCCGACGUGGUGUGCUGGAGCGCGAUGCUGGCCGGCUACGCGCAGAGCGGCCACUCGAUCGAGGCGCUGGAUCUAUUCCAUGCGCUUGCGCCGAUCGAUGCGCCGGACGAAGCGUGCUUCGUGUCCGUGCUCCUGGCGUGUAGCAUCCAGGGCAAGGUCUAUGGCGCGCGAUCCUACUUCGUGUCCAUGGGCAUGGACUAUGGAUUGCGAGCGAGCAAGCAGCACUACUGCUGCGUGCUGGAUCUCUUGGGCAGGGCCGGGCAUCUCCGCGACGCGCAGGAUCUGAUUGGGAGUAUGCCGUUCUCGCCGGAUGCGCUGGAGUGGCGAUGCUUUCUGGGAGCUUGCCGGAGCUACAAGGACAUGGAGAGUGGCGCUAGCGCUGCGCGGCGGGUGUUUAGCUUGGAGCCCGAGGACUCGGCCUCGUAUGUGCUCCUGGCAAACAUCUACCGGGGUGAUCGCAGUGAUCUCUGCGGCGCCAUCGUGAGGCCGAGUGAUGGAGAAGGCGGUGGCAGCAAGCUCAACGAGAGUUUGAUCGUCACGUAG